AUGUCCACGUUUCUCUCCGGCAAGUCAACCGCGCCCAAGUUCUCGCCCGAGCAGUGCAGUAGGUACUUCUUUUCUGAUAUCACUGACUCGAACGACGAAACGACUGGGCGAUGGCGUUGUACCCUCUGCCAGCGCACGUACACCCAACAAGAAGGCAGGGAUUACACGAAUCUACUUGCCCAUGUCAAGGCAAGUCAUAGUAACUACGCCACACUCAUGCGCGAAGCACCAACAGCAGCGCAGUCUACUAACAUCAGGCUUUGGGUCAGUGACCGGGUGAAAGGGCGAUUCGGCUGGAUCUCGUGGAUUGUUGAAGAAGGACUACCGCUUACGUUCUGUGAGAAGCCAUCGACUCGGCGAUUUACGAAUUUGCCUAUAAUUUCUCAUGUGACCCUUCGCGACAACAUUUUACGGCUUACUGAAGUCGUCGAAAAAGAGAUCUCAAAAGAAAUUCCGGAUCGUUUUGGCAUUAUUUUCGACGGGUGGACACAUAACUCCGAGCACUACCUUGCGGUCUUUGGGUCGUACGAAAAGGAUGGAGUCUUUGAGCAGCCUCUCCUGUCGCUGGCGCCCAUCAUUCACGAGCCGGAUGACUACCACAGUGCGAAGACGCACUACACUGCAAUCAAGUCAGUCUUGGCCAUGUUCAAGAAGACCAUCAAGCAAUGUGUCUUCUUGGUGGGUGACAACUGCAGCGUCAACAAAAAGUUGGCCAAGCUUAUGUCCGUGCCGCUGAUUGGCUGCGCCAGCCACCGAUUGAAUCUUGCGGUCAAGGCGUACACCCAGCAGCAUGAGGACGAGCUCGCCAAGAUACAACAGCUGAUGAUGAAACUGCGAACACUGAACCAGGCGUCCAAACUCCUGUAA